AUGGGUUGGGUCGCGAACGCAACCCCAGACGUCGAGGCCCAGUCACAAUGGGCGACAAUAGUGACGGUGUGCGUUGUUCUGUCGGUGCUGUCCAUGGCCACAGUGUCUUGUCGCCUCUGGAUCAGAGGUGCAGCCCGUGGGCUUGCCGGAGACGACUACAUGGCAGGUCUGUCCAUGGUCUUCGCCCUCGUCUACUCCGUUCUCUGCAUCAUGCAGACCAGGUACGGCCUGGGACUGCCUCUCAAGCUUCGUCCCAAGCCAAGUGUCGGCCCGUACUCGCAGGUCAACUUUGCCGGACGCCCCAUCUACCAGCUCGGCAUCAGCUUCUUCAAAAUCGCCCUGCUCAUCAGCUACCUGCGCCUGCUUCAAGGCACCGACCGCAGGGUCUACCGCACGGUCGUGUGGGCCACCAUGGUCAUCGUCUUCCUGGCGCACCUCGGCUGCGCCCUCUCCUUGGUGUUUGCCUGUCGUCCCGUCGAGAAGUCGUGGAAGCCGUGGGUCGCGGGAUCCUGCCUGCAGCCAGGUCCCUCGUUUACCGGCUACGCCGUCGUCACCAUCGUGUCGGACAUUGUGGUGGCCGUCCUGCCCGUCCCCGUGCUCCUCAACCUCAACGUGCGGCCGGCGAGGAAGCUGGGCCUCAUUGCCAUCUUCAUGCUGGGUCUCUUCACCACCGUUUGUUCCAUCAUGCGAUAUGUACAGAUUGACCGGAUCCAAAACGGCGACGGCAACUCGACCAUGCUGGUCCUCUGGGGCACCAUCGAAUUCAACGUUGGCAACAUGGUUUCGUCGCUUCCUUUCCUGGCACCAGUCUGCGUGAAGAAGGCCAAAGACUACAGAUCCAAGUUCUCCGGUGGCUCCAGCAACGGGCAAGGCCGCAGCCGAGGCCUUCGAAAUGGCGAGGCCUACAAGCUCAGCGACAGAAGCAACGACAAGAGCGCAUUCGGGUCCGUCAACAAGUCGGGCAGCGAGGAGAACAUUCUCGACACAAGCACCAUUGUCAAGUCAGUCACAUACAGCGUGCGAAUCGACGAUGCAUCCAAGGGCAGGGCGUGCAGUCGCAGAGGCGAACAGGUCUAG